UUUCGAUAUUUCGGUAUGAAGAGACUUGUGCGGCGCAUGUCUCGUCUGCGCAUGCGCAACCCGCCUCCUGCAACCAUCAUGGCGCAGCAAGAGCCGAAUGGAGAUUUUCCAUAUUUACCUUCAGGGGCGGCCGAGGUGAACCGAAUGAUAAAGGAGAACAGUGACUUGUUCUCUGAUUCUCAGUGUAAAGUGUGUAGCGCUGUCUUAAUCUCAGAAUCCCAGAAACUUGCACAUUAUCAGAGCAAAAAACAUGCGAGCAAAGUACGCCGGUACAUGAGCAUUCACGGUGAUGAGGAGCCUAUUGCAAAACGGUUCAAGACUUCAGAAGAUGCUACAAGUAAUGUCGAUGAAGGGGACAAAUACAAAGCCUGCGAUGUGUGCAACAUGGCCUUCUCUUCCCCGGUGGUGGCACAGUCACAUUACCAGGGCAAAGUUCACUCCAAGAACCUUCACUUGAAGACCUACGGUCAGCAGACUCCUGCAUUACCUCAGCCCAAAGCACAGGUGAAGAAGGAUGAAGGGCUACCUAAAGGUGUGCAGGGGCCGGCAGAGCGUGACCCCAACCGCUUCUGCUCCAUCUGCCAGGCCUCCUUCAACAACCCCCUCAUGGCCCAGCAGCACUACAAUGGCAAGAAACAUAAAAAACACCUGACUAAACAGAAGCUGAUGGAGACCUAUGGGCCGUCCAUUGUACCAGCCUCCUCACUGAAGGGCUACCCAUGUACUGUGUGUAAUAUUGAGCUGAACUCCGUGGAGCAGUACCAGGCCCACAUCAGCGGCUCCAAACACAAGAACCACAACAGACUCAAGAAAGGGCCAAAUGCAUUCGCCUGCCCACCCGACAACUACCAGCCCGAUUUCCAGUAUCCGCCCAGCCAGGAGGGUGUGGAGGCCGGGGGGGACUGGAACAGCUUCACUGAAGGCUAUGAGUGAGAAGAUGCCCUCGACGUUGGCUGUCCUCUUCUCAUUUGUGACAAGCUUCCUCUGUUUAGGCACAGGUCAAUGUGUGUCUGCACUGUGCAUCUCCUAAUGCCAGCUAUUCACCACAAUACAUCUCUUCCC